GGGGAAACGUGUCCGAAAGAGCUCAUAUCGCAAGAUUUUAAUCUGAGAGGAGAUGUCAUGGUUUCCUCUGUGUUUUGAAUAUAAUUAUGGACAGAAAAAAAUGCAGUUAAAGAGGUACCAUCCAAACCUCAGAGAGUUUUAUGACAUUGGAGGUCAUGUGAGACUAAUCUGGUGGUCAUCCCUGAGAGUAGCCUCACUCUAGCCUAUAGGAUUAGAGAGAGAGAGAGAGAGUGAAGAGGCUUUACCUAUUCUUGGAGUAAGUGAUGGCAGUCUUUUCCUACUCAAGCACAGAGUUACAACUAUCUCUUUGACAGAACUCCACUUUGUCUUUAUUUGUUGUAUGACCAGGAAUUUCAUCUUCCUUUCCAUUGGAGAAACUGACCCAAGUAUGGAGCUAGGAAAAGCCAAGCUUCUGAGAACAGGCUUGAAUACUUUGCACCAAGCCAUUCACCCCAUACAUGGAAUAGCCUGGACGGAUGGUAAACAGGUUUGUCUCACAUCUUUGUAUUCGCUUGAUGGCGAGCCUAAAUUUGGUGACACAAAUGUCAUUGGACAGUUUGAACACGUCUUGGGACUCUUUUGGGGGCCCCUGUGCUGUUCUGGGACCCCAGCUUUGCUUGCCGUACAGCAUAAGAAGCACGUUACGGUAUGGCAACUUCAGUUAAGCGCUUUGGAACAGAAUAAACUCUUGUGCACGCAAACGUGCGAAAUGAGCGAACCGUUUCCACUUUUGUUCCAGGGAUGUGUCUGGCAUCCCAAAAUGGACAUUUUAGCUGUGUUGACUAAGCGGGACACCUCUGUCCUGUUUUCUGUGCGGGUUGAUAAUCGUCGGGUGAAAGCUGACAUCAAGGGCAGCGGCCUGAUCCAUUGUGCCUGUUGGACUAAAGAUGGAACCCGACUUGUGGUUGCCAUUGGUAGCGCAUUGCACUCAUACAUUUGGAAUGAUAUCCAAAAAAGCCUGGUGGCAUGUUCCUUCUGCCCCAUUUUUGACAUAGGUGGCUAUAUUUGUGCCAUAGAGUCCACAAAUGAGGCACAGGUUGCUGUAGCUACAGAACUUCCUCUUGAUAAACUUUGUGGGCUCAAUGCAGGCAUCACAUUUGACUUAACGAACGACUCUGAACCAUCACCUUCUCGCCAAGCUCCUGUUCUGAUGGUGGAUUCUCGGAGGAGGUCAUGUGAUUCUGCGCAUUCAGGAACGGCCUUGUCGGCCGGACCCAUAGAUCUAAUGCACAUUCUUGCCAAACACAGAAAAUCAGACCCAAGCCCACUCAUUCUCUUGAGGCGUCAAGAUCAUUUGACCGCAUCAGGUCAGGACUCAUCGUAUCUAAUUUUGGUGACAUACGAACGCAAGGUCACCACCACGAGAAAAGUCAGCAUCCCUGGUAUCUUGGUUCCUGACAUCAUUGCCUUUGACCAAAGUGGAAGCACUGUGGCCGUGGCCUCCAACACUUGCAACAUGAUCUUGGUUUAUUGCAUCACAGAUUCUUCCAUGCCCAAUGUCCAACAGAUCCAGUUGCAGAAGAACGAGAGGCCCAAAGGGGUGUGCUUUUUCACCAAUAAAAUGCUGCUCUUCAUGAUUGGCCAGCAGAAGUCUAAUGAUCCAACUUUCCUCCCCUCCUCCAACACCGACAAGUACAUCUUGAGGCUGAUGACUAAAGAGCUGGUAUUCGACGAGGAAUCUGCCACCCCAGUGGUUACCAAGCCGGAGUCACCAAGCCAGGAUCAUGGGAUUAGGCGACAUUCUGAGAAUUUCUCCAAAGAGGACUAUCUAUCAAUUAAGGAUCUAAUUCUUCCAGUAGGCUCUGUGAUUGCUUCACCAACCAGUAGGAGGAAACUAAUUGAGGAAGUUCGUAGCUCAGAACUGAGCCCUGUGGCAAGCUCGGCUGACUUCUCGGACAGAGCUGUAUCUAUUGCCUCCUCCGAUACUCUGGAAACCUAUGAAAUGGAUCAAGUCAGCCGCAUGGCCACGUUAGCCGUUGCCAGUCAGACCAGCCGUGAUUCAAGUCGACCAUGUUCGCCCAGGUACGAGGUCUUGGACAAAUUUUACUCCGAUGCCACACUGCCAAAGAACAGCUGCCAGUCCAAGGACAAGAAAGUGGAGCAGCUAAUGCAGAAUAUGGAGAGCAUAAUCACCCGCUUCGCAGACGUCCAACAGUGCCUCUCAGAAAUUAGAGACUUCACCCAAAAUGGCAAGAAGAUGACAUGCAAUUAUCCAUCUGCUUGUGAACCACAAUAUGUGUACAUAACAUGUCAGAAACAGUUGUCAGAGAAUGUGUAUACAGAUGAAAGAAGACCUGUGCUAUUGUGUGGGGGACGGAUCUGUCUACGUGUAGUGCAGGAACUCUUUGGCUUGACGGUUGUGGAGAUGAUGCAUGGUCCCAUGUGGCUUGUCUUGGUAGCUGAUGCAGAUGGUUUUGUUCCACUCAUAUUUAAUCACAAGGACGAACUCACAAUCAGAAAUGUGAAAAGGAAAUCUCCCAUAAGACCACCCAGUGGUGAAAAUGACUUACCCCCUCAAAGUCCACAGUCUCCCAAUGCAGACAAAUGAAAACCCAUAUCAUCUUUUCUAAACAAAGAGAACUUGGAUAUAAAUAUUUUUUAUAAUAUGCUUUUUCUUAGCUUGGUACUUGUGACACAGGAAUACGAAAGGGUAUUUUCAGGGAAAAUCUUUUCUGGAUGUUAGUUGCUUUGUAUAACGUGACAGUUGUACAAUUAUAUAUAUAUGGAAUGUAAAGGCAGUAUUAUUUUCUAUUUGUCUGAAGAAUUACUUGAGUGCCUGCUUGAUGGAAUGUGCUUAAAUUAGUUUUAAACUUAAGUCUUAUAUUUUACCGGGACAACAAAAUGAAUAAUUACAUGGUAAUAAAAGA